CUGGGGCAGCGGCGGACGCGCGGCCGAGCAGGGCGGCGGCGAGCCCGGGUCCUUUUGCGGCACAUCUGGCCUCUCAGCCACAGCCAAGAGCAGAUUAUCACUCACGUAAGGACAAGGAAGCCACGGGACUCUAGGGGGCACAGCCCUGACUCCGGAGCCGGACUUGCCUCGGCCAACUUGUUCAGCGGGUUUGUCCUAUCAGCCUGGACUGGUGAACCUCAAUCACAAGAGAUAGUGCCAGGGAAGGGACAGUCCUAGAAAAUCCGGCUGUGGAAGAAGACACACGCCUCUAAGAGCAAAAGGCCACCCAGAGUGGUGACCAGUGGAGAACCAGCUUCCAACGCUAUUCUCCAGAAGGAGGAGACAUCCCAAGAAAAAGAGUCAGAGAGUGUAUUUGCAAGGUCCACCCCCUCAUAAGUACUCAUCCAACUGGUUUGCUGGGAUGGGAAACCUGCUCAAAGUCCUUACCAGGGAAAUUGAAAACUAUCCACAUUUUUUCCUGGAUUUUGAAAAUGCCCAGCCCACGGAAGGAGAGAGGGAAAUAUGGAACCAGAUCAGCGCCGUCCUCCAGGAUUCGGAGAGCAUCCUCGCAGACCUGCAAGCUUACAAAGGCGCGGGGCCGGAGAUCCGAGAUGCAAUUCAAAAUCCCAACGACAUUCAGCUUCAAGAAAAAGCUUGGAAUGCAGUGUGUCCUCUGGUAGUGAGGCUAAAGAGAUUUUACGAAUUUUCCAUAAGGCUAGAAAAAGCUCUUCAGAGUUUAUUAGAAUCUCUUACCUGUCCGCCCUACACGCCGACCCAGCACCUGGAGAGGGAGCAGGCCCUGGCGAAGGAGUUUGCGGAAAUUCUUCAUUUUACCCUUCGGUUUGAUGAGCUCAAGAUGAGGAACCCAGCCAUUCAGAACGACUUCAGCUACUACAGAAGGACGAUAAGUCGCAACCGCAUCAACAACAUGCAUCUAGACAUUGAGAAUGAAGUCAAUAAUGAGAUGGCCAAUCGAAUGUCCCUCUUCUACGCGGAAGCCACGCCAAUGCUGAAAACCCUGAGCAACGCCACCAUGCACUUUGUCUCCGAAAACAAAACCCUGCCAAUAGAGAACACCACAGACUGCCUCAGUACGAUGACAAGCGUUUGUAAAGUCAUGUUGGAAACGCCGGAGUACAGGAGUAGGUUCACAAGCGAAGAAACGCUGAUGUUCUGCAUGCGGGUGAUGGUGGGGGUGAUCAUCCUCUACGACCACGUCCACCCCGUGGGGGCUUUCUGCAAGACAUCCAAGAUCGAUAUGAAAGGCUGCAUAAAGGUCUUGAAGGAACAGGCCCCGGACAGUGUGGAGGGGCUGCUGAAUGCCCUCAGGUUCACUACAAAGCACUUGAAUGACGAAUCAACUUCCAAACAGAUUCGAGCGAUGCUUCAGUAGAGCUCUGCUCAAAGAGGAGGAUCUAUGUACUGACCUCAGAAGAUGUAUAUGUUUACAUAAUUUAAUACAGAUUGAUGUUAAUACUUGUGUAUUUACAUAACCAUUUCCUUCUUGUCACUGAAAUAUAUGGACCUUAAUUUGUAUCCUGACUGACUCGACCCAGCAGAGCAUAAAUUGACUUGAGAGCCUUACCUUUGAUGUCUAAAACAAAACCCCCUUCUCCAAAGCCCAAAUUUGGAGAUUUUGAUCUUUACGACUGGAGUCCUUUAACUACACCUGUAACAAUCUGAAAUUCCUAAUAGUUUGUGGUAGUGUUUUAAUUCUAGAUGUGUAAUCUCUCUGGGAAGUAUACUUAGAGAAACACGAAGUAUUUGAUUUCCUGUGUCGGCUUGGCCACAAGAAACACAACUGUUAUCCUGACAGAGGGAGAGAGGAAUCCAAGAACAGAAAAAUGCAUGUGAAGACACAGACUCGAGUGUUUUGAAUUCAGCACGCCCCCUCUCUUUCCUCAGACUGCAAACCACAUGUGCAGCUUUUUGUUUGCACGUCUUUUAUUUAUCAACAUAUUCCCCUCUGUCUGCACUUAUGUUCCUGUAGCGUCCCCUUUUGAUUCUACAAGAGGAACAUCACCUGUCCUCAAGUCAGUGUGUGAGAGAAGUGAGAACAGGUAGAUGCGCUGACAGAGCUGAGCCAUGAGGGUGGCUGUCUUGGAACCAGGGGGCAGGUUGGGAGGCAGACACACAAGCAGCAGGACAGUCAUCUCUCUGCUUCAACCCUCUGGCUGUGAAACUGUAGGUAAUUUUGGUGACAUUCCAUUUGGCUGCGGGGUGCUGGGUGCACAGUCCCUCCUAAAAUGAGCCCUGUCCUCUGUGGACCCUCAUGUGGCAACAGAGGCCUAGUGUGCUUCGUGGAUUACCAGGAACCUGGGGAAUUCAGAGAUGGGAAUCCCUGCAUUUUCCAGUCCCCCAAUAUUUAAAAAGGCAACUCUCCUCUGACUGCACUGCUAGCUUGUUGCAAUGAACAAAACUUUGGUCUGAGUACCUGGACUGAGUCCUAGCUUUACUGAUCCAUGGUGUGAUCUUUGAAAAUACACUGAAGCUCUGUGUCUCACUUUCUUCAGCUAUAAAAUGGGCAAUUAAAACAGACAAUCUCCAAGAGCCCUACAAGGCAAUGAGCCAAUAAAAUGGCUGACUCUUACAUGCUUCCUUGGUCAAUAGAGUCCAGGAAGCCUCACCCCAUCUUGUCUUGAUAAUUGAAUAUAUGACAAGGCCAGGAGUCAUCUGCAGAGCAGAGCUUAGAAUGGAAUCUUAGAAAUCUCCUGUCUCAACCUCCAAUGGAGAAAUGAGGCAAGACUGAAGUCAAACAGGAUCAACCCCAUGUAGGACUAGAACCCAGGAUACCUCACUCCUGAAUCUUUCCCUGUUCACCAUGUGGCCUAUGCAUACAUACUGUAAGAUGAGGUCGGACACUAUUAAAUCAGCCUUCAGUCUGGUUUAUAUUAUUACUUGCCUAUUUCUGAUAGAAGGAAAGAGUUGCCCAGUGAUUGAUAAUCCCAGAAAUUGGGCCUGGGUACAUUAGGGUUUCUUUCACCAUGUUCUAAGGAAUAAGCUGUAGACACCGUUGGUUGAUUUCCAGACUUUAGUGUCUAGCUGGCAUUCUCUUGAGUCUUCCAAAAAAAAAAAAAUGUAAACAUACUUUUUUUUUUUUAACAACAAUAACAAACCCUGUCAAGUGGCAGAAAAGAUUGUCUGGUUUAUAUCUAAAUGUCAGUCAACAGAGAGAGAAGAGGCCCUUUUCCUUGGAACUUUUCAGACUGAACACGAACGGCUGCCUAGAUGGGGGCAUUCUCUCAUCAGAACAGAUAUGCACUUAAGAUGGCCUUCACGAACUUUUCAAGCCUAGGGAUUUUAACACCUUAGAGGAAGCCAGAAAAUGAGGUGACAAUGGAUGAGCCAAUUCAUCGAUUAUUCAGCUUAAGAAGUGUUCUGCUUGCCAGCCACGUGUUGGGCAACAACGUCAAGACAAGAAUUAUAGAGGCGCUAAAGGUUUAUCAUCACGGAGUCCAUUCUUUUUCCUUUACCGGGUGAGGAGCUUAAGGCUUGGAAAGAAGAAAGGACUUGCAGAGUAAAUAGUUGAGCACAUUUAUAAUUUUUAAUUUGACUUUUACCAACUGGGACCAAACACACGGGAGGGGCUGCUGGCCUGCCGCAGUUGAGCCAGGCUGCCUCGUUUCAAAGCUAAGAUUCACCCGUACAUGGAUUUUUCAGAAGUCGAGGGCCUGAACUAUUGCCUGUGAUUAUCAGGAGGACAAGUUAAUUGAAUGUCUGUGAUCACUAACAGGUGAGGGAUUUCUGGUCCACUCCAGAGCUACUGUGGGAGACAAAUUCUUUUAACAAACUGUCCUCCAGGCAUCAGGAGCCCUUAAACAAUCAUGGUUUUCUGUGUGUGUGCUGCAUGCACAUGUGUCCAAGACCCGUGGGGGAUUUUAGGGGAAAGUGCUAGCCACAAUAUCCAUGUCAAUGUUAAUUCUAUUUCAUAUUUGAUGUUUCAUAGUUUUCAAAUAAGCAGUGUUUUCCAUUACUCGGAUAUUUAUUUUUGGGCAGGCAACAGGUGAAAAUUACACGUCUCAGAUGCACUGCUACUUUGGCAUCAUAACUCUGUUCUCUGAAAUCUUUCAUGCAUCACUAAGAACUACUAAUAGAGAGCAAGUGGCAGUGAGUAUUUUGAAUUAUGGUAGCCCAUUAGGGCCGCAGUAUUUGAUUAACAACCAGAAAGAAAGUCUUGGCUAUGUUUUUUAACUGUUAGUUAAUAUCAUGCUUCUUCAUUUGCUUCUUAUCAUCAUCAUUAUACCAAGACAUUAAUGGUAAACUGAGGUUUUUAUACAUCAUCACAUUUAGGUUAAAAAAACAUCAUGCUUCCUCAAGAAAAAGAAGCCUACCCAAUCUUGGAAUUGAAUUUUGCAGCAGAAUUCAGAGAAUUCUCAUUCAAUCUUGUAUCCAAACGGCAACAAUUUUUUAAAAAAUAUUAAUGAUAAACAGUGGAAUUUUAUCUUAAAGAGACAAAAAAUUUUGGAACCCAUUACAUCUAUAAAGGCUGUUGCAUACACAAAGCUGUUUGAAAAUUGUCAUAUGUUGUUUGCUAAAGUCAUUGUGAUUUUUUUCGCCUGCUUUGCCUAUUUUGUACAGAAGUUUUGAGUGUGAAAUGAAAAUUAAAGUUUGGUACAUAUAUUUAAAAAUA